AUGCAGGAGAGCAAAGGGAGUUGGACGGUGGCUGAUGCGGUAGACUACAGCGGCCAACCCGCCGACAAAUCCAAAACCGGUGGAAUAGAAAUUGUCGAGAGGCUAUCAACUAUGGGAAUAGCAGUGAAUUUGGUAACAUAUUUGAUGGAGACAAUGCAUCUCCCAAGUUCAAGCUCUGCCAACAUUGGAACCGGUGCACUAGCGAUAGCAACAAAGCUGCCAGAGCUGCGUCCGCCGGCAUGCCACCAUGGCGAGGCCUGCACGCCCGCUACUGCCUUCCAAAUGACAAUUCUCUAUAUUUCGCUUUAUCUAAUAGCUCUUGGAACUGGUGGCCUUAAGUCUAGUAUCUCCGGUUUUGGGUCGGACCAGUUUGAUGACAAGGAUCCUAAAGAAAAAGCUCAGAUGGCUUACUUCUUUAACAGGUUCUUCUUCUUCAUAAGCAUGGGGACAUUGAUGGCUGUAACUGUUUUAGUUUACAUACAAGAUGACGUGGGAAGAUCUUGGGCUUAUGGAAUUUGCACUGUGUCUAUGGCUAUAGCUAUUGCGGUGUUCUUGUCUGGGACUAAGAAGUACCGUUAUAAGAAGAGCCAAGGAAGUCCCGUUGUGCAAAUAUUUCAAGUUAUUGCAGCUGCGUUAAGGAAGAGAAAAACGGAACUGCCUCAAAGCAUUGUCUAUCUUUAUGAAGAUAAACCUGAGGGCGUGCGAAUUGAACAUAGUGAUCAGUUUCACAUGUUAGACAAGGCGGCCAUAGUUACAGAAGGAGAUUUCGAACAAACCAUAGAUGGCAUCGCAAUUCCAAACCCUUGGAAGCUAAGCUCAGUGACUAAAAUUGAGGAAGUGAAAAUGAUGGCUUCAACUAUGAGACGUAACGUUGGAAACUUCCAGAUCCCAGCAGGUUCUCUCACCGUAUUUUUCGUCGCAGCUAUUCUCAUAUCGCUAGCUUUCUACGACCGUGCCAUCAUGCCUCUUUGGAAGAAAUGGAAAGGAAAACCAGGAUUCUCUAGCCUGCAAAGAAUAGCUAUUGGAUUGAUCUUAUCAACCGCUGGAAUGGCAGCUGCAGCCAUUGUUGAGCAAAAGCGUCUAUCCGUUGCGAAAACUAGUACACUUAAAACAUUGCCCAUAAGUGCAUUCUUACUUAUUCCACAAUUCUUUCUAGUAGGAGCUGGGGAAGCCUUUAUAUACACUGGCCAACUUGAUUUCUUCAUAACCCAAUCACCCAAAGGAAUGAAAACAAUGAGCACUGGACUUUUCUUGACUACUUUAUCAUUAGGCUUCUUUGUCAGCAGUUUCUUGGUCUCGGUCGUCAAAAAGGUCACCACGACUCCUAUUAAUGGAGGAUGGUUGGCGGAUAAUAUCAACAAAGGCCGGCUCGAUCUAUUUUAUUGGCUUUUAAGAAGCCGAGGCCGAGUAUCUGGAAUAGGCAGUGUGCAGCACAUGGAUUUCAUUCCUAUUGAGCCAGUCCAUGCAUCUCUUAGACGCAUUAUUGAUACAGACAUGCAUAUCUCCAGUUUGGAGACUAAUUCUGAAGCUGUCAAGAGCAACGUCGAAACUCUCAAGUCACACAUGACUGAACUCAAGGGAAAUGUGGUGGCGAUGAAGGAUGAUAUGAAGGAGGAGCUAGUGGCCACAAGAGCCGCACUAUUCGUAUUCCUGGAAAAGUUUGCAGACUCUCAGACUCAUGCUGCUGCGCCUACACCUUCUCCUCCUCCAGCUGUUGUUCCUCCUGCCAAUACCACAAACUCGGCUCAAGGUUCUACACUUACAAUGACCAAAGACAAUCAAACUCAAUUAGUUCUUUAG